AUGGCGAGCACCAUCGCCGCGCUUAUGACCGACUGCUGGCAGAUCAAUAGCAAAGGAUCUGUAAUGUUAAGCACUCGCUGCAAAGGUCUGUGGAGAGAAUGUGUCUGGGACCGCUUUGUAAAGAUCUGGACUUGUGAUGUUUUCAGCUCCUAUCUAAACCCACAUCCAGCUACGAUCGUCCUCACCAGAGCAUUAAUAAUCAUCUCCAGUAUAAUGAGCGUUUUUGCAUUUUUCUUCCUAAUUCUUGGAUUCAAAAACCUCAGCUGGUGCCAAGACACAUUCACCAAACUACAAUGUCUGCGGCUCACCUCGGGGCUUUACUUUCUAAUAGGAAUGUCCUCCUCGGCUGCCAUCAUAAGAUACUGCAUCUAUGUGUAUCACGUUCACCAGUAUGAGGUAUCUCUGAAAAUCCCAGGAUUCCCUAGUUUUGAAUAUGGCUACUCUCUUUGGAUGGCAGUAGGUGGCAAUUUAGGGGCCAUCACCACAGCUGUAAUAACCUGCUACCAGGGUCUCCAGAAAAAGAAAUUAACAACGGGAAAAGCAAAAGCUGAAAGCCAAGAGUGUGAGGGACCAGAUGUACUGAAGACCUAUGUGUAA